AUUUUAAACUAUUGUAAAAAAUAAUGCAAAGAACAUGGACUUGGAGAUAGAUGAGACAGUUCUUUAUGACCAAGCAGGAUUAGCCGAUGAUGACCCAAAGAAAGUUCAACAUGAUCUUGUGGAGAAAGGCACUAAAUCAUUUAAAAAUGAAAAGUUUGUCAAUGCAUUGAAAUCCUUUACAGGAGCUGUUGAAGCCCUUGAAGAUAAUCAUAUUCAAUGGACAAAUAGAGCUAUUGUUUAUAUUAAGAAGGAGAGCUUUGAUCUAGCUGAAUCUGAUUGCACCAAGGCCUUGGAAAAGAACGCUGAAUAUGACAAAGCUUAUUGCAUACGAGGUAUUGCAAGGGAGAAGCAAGAAAAGAAACAAGAGGCCCUGGAGGACUUCACUAAAUACCUGGAGAAACAUCCGGAUGAUGAAGCUGUUAAAGAAAAAGUGAAAAGUUUAAAGACGGAUUUGGGAGUAACCGAAGAAACAGCAGAAAAGGCUGGAGAAGCAAAAGAGGAGGAAGAGAAAAAGGAGGAGGAAAGUAAAGAAGAUGAGAAAAAAGAGGAAACCCCAGAGGAGGAGAAAAAGGAAGAAGAUAAACAUGAAGAAGUGAAAGAAGAUAAGAAAAAAGACGAAACCCCAGAGGAGGAGAAAAAGGAAGAAGAUUCACCAGAAGAAGAAAAGAAGGAAGAAGAGAAGCCAGAAGAGGUUAAAGAAGAAGAAAAUAUUGAAGAGGAGAAGAAAGAGGAGGAAGCUGUUAAUGAAAAAGAAGAAUCUCAUGAUGAAGAGAAAAGCAAAAAGAUUGAGGAAAGAGAUAAGUUUGAAGAGGAAAGAAAAAAGAAAGAGGAAGAGUUCAAAAAACGUGAAGAGGCUUUGUUGAAAAGGGAAGAAAAGAUUGGGAAGAAGGAAGCAAAGAUUAAUGUAUGGGAAGAUCAGCAAAGAUUGAACAUCGAACUUCAGCAUCAGCGUGACGAUGAAUUCAAGAAAAGAGUUGCUGCAGAAAAUCUUCUUCUGGAAGAAAAACAGAAAAGGAUACAAAGAGAACUUGACGCAGAGAAGAAAAGGGUUCAGGAAGAGCAUGCUAAGCUUGAGGAGGAGAAACUUGAGUUGGAAGCGGAACGUGCAAGAGUUUAUGAUUCUGGUAUAUCAUCACGCGCAGAUACCGCUGAAUUGGUUUCUACACCGGAAUCUCCAAAACAUGAAUCCCCUCGAAGAAGACGACGUCGGCGGCCUCGCUCAGAGGACAAUAAUACACGACGUCGUAAUCCAGAGGUGGGGCGGGCCCCCGCUCCAGAUUUUGAGAACGUAAAAUCCAAGGUUGAGUCCCGGGGUAACAGAAACUAUAAACCUCAAGGUGGAAGAAUUAAAAUCUUUGAUGAUAAAGACUACAUGAAGAAAGUUAAGAAAAUGCAAGAAAACCCUGAUGAGAGAAGGAGAAGGAAAAGGGAGAACGGAGACAAAUUAGAACGUCCUAGGUCUCUUCAGAUGCAAAAAGUUGACGAUGACAUGGAGGAUUAUGAGUCGGAGGAGUCAUAUCGGAGGCAAGAUGAGGAAAAUCGAUCUCGGAGGAGCGGAGAAGAGGAUAAUCGAUCCCGGAGGAGACAUGAAGGAGAUGGAUCGCGUCGUCGGGAUGAUCUGGCCGGGUUUGGUAUGAGAGAGGAUGUGGAGAAGAAGUUGAGAGCUCGACAGCUAGCUGAGGAGGAGGGUAGAGGACCAUCUAGAUCUAGACGAUAAUCACUAACUUUUCACUAUAUCUUUGCAACCUGAUGUUGUAGACCUUAUAUAUUUCAAUUUAUAACUCUUACUAGACGAAAUACUAAAAAGGUUUAAUAUCAAAGGAUUUAACUAUCAGGUUGCAAAGAUGUAGGGGUUGAAAAUAAGUGUUCAAUUUCUUUGACAAUUAGAAUCUUUUCUGGUUUUGCUUUUAAAAUUAAAAAAAAAUGAGGCCAUGGGGGGCUAAAAUUUCCCACAGCAUGCUAAAAGUGGAAAACCUAUAAACAAUUUUAUCAAUCAAAAUGCAUAUCAUAAUCUAUAUAUAAAUUUGGCUUGUCUGUCUGUAUGUUUUGGUGUCU